AGAGGACACUUUUUUCAUUGUUUUAAAACUCCAGUAAGCUAACUUCGUUCAUAAACAAAGCCAUUUGAAAGUUCUUUUUAAAACUUCUUAUGACAAACUAGCGACAGAGUCCGUCUGGCGUAUGAGUUUUAGCUGGAAAUGUAAACAUUGUUGUUGCUUGGCAAAUUAAAAAUUAAAAGUGAUAAAAAGUUAUAAAAGAAACUGUACACGCCAUAGAAAUGAGUGAAACUAGUGAAUUAUCAAACAGCGGAGACGAAAGACCUCAUUCUUUAGAUAAAACUAUAAGAAUCCCGACUGUCGAAACAUCUGAGGACGAAGAAAAUUUAGUAUCAUUUCGACAAAAGAUCUCGUCGUCCGAAGCCAGCGAUGGCGAAGAAACGUUGCAGGAUUUUUUGGGCAACUCUAGCAGCAACCGUCCUUUGCAUUUGCUAAAACGAGCAAGAAGACAGGCUCGUGAAUUUGAUAAAAAAGGAGAGCUUGAAUUAGCUGUGAAAGAACGGAUACGAAGCCUUGCUUACUGCAGACUUGUGUAUGGAAAUGGACAUUGGCAGUUAGCUAAGGCAUAUGGCAAGCUUGGGGAAGCAUAUUUAAAACGAAAAGGCUUCACACAACAAGCUUUACUCCACGCUACACGAGGUAGAGAUGAGUUGCUUCAAGGCGAAGCUGAAGAAUAUCGCAGUACUAGACUGUCACACAGUAAUGACGUGUUAGCUGUGAUGGAACUUGUCUAUUAUGUUAUGGGAAAGGCAAAUUUCCUCAUGCGGGAAUUUCGAAAAGCUGAACAAGCAUUUAAAAAGGCUGAAAUAUCUGCCAAGGAAAGAUUGAAGUUUGAGGAUGGGAAAAUGUCAGGAAUGUAUGUAAAGAUCAUGGAUUGCUUGGGUCAGGUAAAUUGAUAAUUGUUUAAAUUAUACCAUCAUUAUCAACACCAUUAUCAUCAAUAUGAUCAUCAACAUUUGACACCAUUAUCAUGAUCAAUAUUAUAAACUUUAAUAUGAUCAAAUAUAGGAUCACCAAUAUAGCAUUAUCAGUAUUAUCAUCAUCACUAUUACCAUUAUCAGUAUCAUGAUGACAUUAACCCAGUGUGACUGUCAUCAAUGAUAUGAUCAAUAUAAUCAAUAUAAUCAUAAUUGAUAUCAAUAUAAUCAUCAAUGUAAUCAUCACCAUUAUCAUCAUUUGAUCAAUAUGAUCAUCUAUUAUCAUCAACAUUAUCACCUUCAUAUUCACCACUGCAACAACCACCAUCAUCGAUCACAAAAACUAUAUAAUAUUAUCUGCCAUCACAUCAACCUCACCAUGAUCAUCACCAUCAUCAUUAACAUCAACACAAUCAUCAUAAGAUUGCCAAUAUCAUCAUAAUUAUCAUUUUAUCUGCUGGAUCAUUUUUCUUUACUAUUAAUCACCAUAAACAUUAUCAGUCACAAAGUUGUUUUAGUAAACUUGUGUCAUGUUUCUAUAAACAUUCCUAAUCAUUACAACAGGUUUCUGUGAAAUUGAAAAAGUUUGAUGCUGCAGUAGAAUAUUAUGAGAAAGCUCUGAAGCAUGCUGGGAAAAUAUAUGGUAAAAAUGGAAAAGAAUUGAUUCCCCUCUAUCAAGGUUUGGCAAUGGCAUACAAGAAAGGAGACAUGAAUCAUAGAAAAUGUGUUGAAAUGUUUGAAAAGUGCAUCCAGAUUGCAGAGAAGAAUUUCGCUGCAGAAACAACAGAACUAGCAGAUGUAGUGUAUAGUACAACUAUUGAUAUGCAGGGUAUUGAGGGAUAUGACAGUACAAAGAGCCAAAACCGCUUGGAACAAUGUUUAGAGAUUUAUAAGGAUAGUUAUGGAUCAGACCAUAAGAAAACCAUUCAAGCUCAAGAGGCAUUGUGUUCUGUCUUUAUUCAUGAUGGUGAACACGAGAAAGCUGCCGGCAUUGUCCGAAAUGUCAUCACCAGUAAAAUGAUGGUAUAUGGUGACCCUAGUCUUAGCUUGGCCGAGUCGUACCAAUUGCUUGGGACCAUCAGGUUAAGCCAGGGAAAGAUGGACAAGGCAUUGAAACAUUUUGGUAAAUGCCAAUCAAUGUUGUCCCUUGUUCUUGGGCAAAAUCACAAGAAAACAAUGCAAGUUACCGAAACAUUAGACAUGAUUAAGAAAACUCCUGGAGCUAUGAAGUUUCAGUCUGCAACUGAGAAAUUAAAGGACAGGCCAAGAUUUAAUGGAACUGUCGGUCGGUCUAGUCUACUUGGAUCAAGCACGUCGUCUAACUACUAGAUAGCUAAACUGUUCCAAUGUUAUUUAGCUUGCGGUUAACGAUCUGCACCGCAAGCUAAAUGUACAGUUAGUAGUUCUUUUCUCCAAUUACGUGAAUAUGUGAAAUGUACCUGAAGCCUGGUUUCCAUAUGGUCGUAAAAAUAGAGUCACAAUCUUUCUCAACUGGAAUAUGGAGAUCUUCCGUCUCGAAUCGGCCAGUUUAUAAUAGUUUAUACCUGUAAACCACAUAUAAAUCAUAAGUAUUCUCUAGUUAUAAUCACUCGGCGUAUUUUCAGUUCUAAAAUGUUGUAUUUCAGCUGAUGAGAAAGAUUGUGACUCAAUCUUUACGACCGUUAUGACUAUAUGGAAACCAGGUUUACUGACACAUUUUCCCAACUACAGCGAUCCAGGCAUAUAGUAACUAAAAGUACUAUUUAUAGACGUUAUUGCUUGUUCCAGGUCUAUGGCUGCACGAGUUCUAAAAUGAGUAGCAUUUUUCCAUUGUUGUUGUGGAGUAUACUGAGCAGCAUAUUGGCUAUGACAAUUGACACGUCGCGUCACUUUUUUAUUACUAUAUAUUCAGUAUGUGAAAAGAGAAAUAUAUGCAGUAGUGUUGUGGUUCGAACCCUGUAUUUGUUCAGUAAAAUUUUAAUUCUUUUUGGAAAAUGUUGAGGAUUAUUGGAAAAAAUACGUUUUGUCACUAAAUAUUCCUUUCUGAGGCAACCCAACAUUCUGGAGGUUGGUACCCUUCGAAAUGCCGACGUUAUCUUUAUUUUGUUUGUGAUGUUACUCUGAGUGUAUAUCCACACCGGGCGAGCUUGAAAAAUAUGCCCGGCCACGGUGGGAAUCGAACCUACGACCUUUGGAAUACUAGCCUUUAUCUUUAUUUGUUUCAAGUACAGUGAAGAUAGUUUAUUAGUAUGUAGAAGUCACCUAAUUUUGUGUAUCAACGAAUUAUUAUGGCUAAUAGAGGUGGGAGUCUAAAGUAUUGCGCAGAGAUACAGUACUGCAAAGGAAUGCUUGAAAAUACAAAUUUCAGUACAAAAUCUGUAUGAAGUUUCAACACUACUUUGUUUUUAAUCGUUUUCUUGGUUCUUCCUCGAUCUCAUACUCAAUUUCAACUUUGGCUUUCUUGCCAAAUGUUCUCGUUUUAAUUGUUUCAAUAUCCUUUUCUUCCUCAUCGCUUUCAUCUUCUUCUUCAAAAUCUUCGAUAUCACUUACAUCACUUUCUUCAAAAUCUUCGUCUGCAACGUACUCCACUUCAUCCU